CAAAGCACAUUUUUGCGAGAAUUAAUAAUUUAACUGUCUGCGGAGUCUUCAAGCGCAAAACAAUGCUUUCUACGAGGAAGGAAGUGGACGAGCAGGUCCACAAACUCCUGGGCAAGAUGCCCCCAGGAAAAGAGCGCGAUUUCAAGGGUCUGGCGGUGGCGCGGCUUUACAACAGGAUCAACGAGUACCCGAAGGCCAUUGAGUAUUUGAACAGCUACCUACGUGCGAAGGACGAGGCGGUGGCCCACAAGCUCAUUGCCCACUGUUACAAGAACCUUAAAACCCCCGAUCUACAGAAGGCUCUGCAGCACUACCAGAGGUGCAUCCAGCUGAGUCCCCGCCAGCCGGACGUGAUCAAGGAAGCCUGCCAGUUGCUGCUCGACGAGAAGGGCCUGUUCAACGCAGAGCGAGCCAAGUACUGGCUGGACUUAGCUGCCGGAGAGGAUCUUUCCGAGAACGAACUGGUCUUCGCCCUGAAGAUGCGAGUGGAGCACAGAGAGAGCAACGGAAAAAUUGGAGCCACGAUAGAGGACGACAACAACUUAGAGUUGUUGAUGCACAAAGAGCUGCAGGCUCGUCCUCACGACGUCAACGUGCGGAUCAGGCUCCUGAGGAGCUAUGUGGAAAAGAAGAACUUGGAUCAGGCCUUCAACUAUGCCUACAAAGUGGAGCUGGAGGAGGCCACCGGCUGCACCAGUCAAUCCAGCCAGUGGUACGAGGUGAUAUGGAUGCUGCUCGCCAAGAUGGAACUGGCCAAGGAUGUGAAGAAGAACGUGCGUUUCUGGUACCUGGCCCUGCAUUGCCUGGACCGACUGAUGCAGCUCAGUCUAGAGACCGGCAACUGUCUAGCCGACAGCAGCAGCCAGCUUUUUCGCUUGGAUCAGUAUCUGUACAAGUUUAACAAUGUGCUGGACAGAUCCGGCGACCCUUCGCCGAGGGAACUGCAGCAGACCUGCGUGGAUCACUACGCGGGUCAGCUACUUCUGCACGCAGUCGCGCUGAUUUUCAAGCGGGAGCUCCUGGGAAACAAAAACAAAUGGAUGGUUACAUUACGAGGAGUGCUGCCUAUUCUGUUCCUGGGCUAUCAGCUGCGUCCGCCAAAGGAUGAGGGACACGAGAACUUGUGGGUCAAGCACUGUGACACCGACCAGAAGAACCUGCUGAGAACUUGGCGCCAGCAGGGCUCUUUCCGCUGUGCUCAGCUGGGUCGCACAUUAUGGGGCUGCUUGGAACCAGAAACCCAGAAGGAGAACCACAACCCUCAGCAGCCGUCUUACUCUGGGCUCUUCGCCAACACGGAGGACCUUUUCUCGUGUCUGCGCCAGCAGUGUAACGACAAGAACUGGCGCCGUCAGCUCUACCAGCAACUCUUCACCCACGCGGAACACAAGUUGAAGGAGCAAUCUUCGCACCUGGUCCGACACCCGCGUCUGCAAUCGCCGGUUGCAGAGUGGCCUGACUUGGCCGAUAUUGAAGGGUACGAGCUUGAAGCCCUGAAUUUGCCGCCACAUUCUCUAAACAUGCAUGUCUACCUGGCCUUGGGCUCGGAUGCCAACAACUUGGGCGAUGCACAACGAGUGGUGUUUUAUGAGGGAUUCCCCCGAGAUGUGAAGCAGAACCUGAGCUACUGCGGCUAUGAAUCCAUUUGCCAGUUGGACGUGGAUAUCUAUCUGUAUGCCACGGUGAUCCAGACCCAGCGUCGCCUGCAAAUCCAUCGGGAAACCUACGAGAGCUCCAACCUGGGAAACCGUAGUGCAGGUGCUCGUCCGCUUAUGAUGCCGUACUCGAAUAUAGUGGCCCAGCUGGCAGCCCCCGAGCAAAGUCACUGGUGGGAUCUUGUGUUGCGGCUGCACCGAAACCAACUAAGCACCGAGGGAAAUCGUGCUGAGCAGCGUGCCCAGCUCCAGUUAGGCCUGGAGGCCGUGCGAGGGGUGAAUGGGCCGAAGGCCGAUGCUAUCAUAGUUUUCAGGUUAGGAAAGAUCCUGCAGUCCCGCGCCGAUCGCUCUGCACUGGAGUCGCGCAUAGAAACCCUCUAUCGGCAUGGCUUCACUAUGAUGCGCCGCCAGCAACAGCAGCAACUGGACCCCUUCACGCGCGUCUUUAAGUAUGGAUCUCCCGGCUCAACGUUCGCCUGGCAGGAGUUGCAGACCCUGGCAGAGCACGCCGUGUCCUACUUCAGCGGGAAGAUGUUCAAAGCCGGCCAGUAUGAGCAAUUCGUGGACGAAGUGCGCGGCCUGAACCUACCCAUGGCCAGCUACCUGCAGGCCGAGGCGUACCGCCAGCUAGAGGACUCUGGGAAGACGCCGCGCGUUUCACGAGCACGGUACUCGGAGCGGCGUCGUGAGUGCCUGCAGCAGACGAACGAACUCCUCCGAAACGAUGUGCAGCAUCCCCUGAGCUCUGUCAUCCAGCGCGAGCUGCGACGGUGCCAGCAGAAUCGAAGCUUCCAAGCUGGAGGUGAGGACAGCUUUGGCACACCCGAGUUACACAACAACUCUUCUACUUACGAAGACGCUGAGGAUGAUUUCUACACGGCGGCCGCAAACCGGUCCCGCCGCCACCUGAACUCCACCACAACUCCAGCGACACCCCAGCAGGUGGUGUUGACCACCGCUCCUCCGAGCCAAGAACUGGAGCAGACUGUCAAGCAGAUCAGCAAGUCCCUAUGCCUGCUCAAGGAUGACGUGAGCGUGGGGCUGGAAGGCAUGAUGCAGGAGAUCAAGAACCUCAAUGAGAGAUUUAAUGGACUGGAGGACCUGCUUAAGAAACUGAAGAUUGGCGCCAGAGAAACUCCAACUCGCGAUGUUGAUCCUGCUGCCGCACUGGGGCUGGACGACUUAUUCAUCAUUGAGGAUGCCCUGGCGGAGCAGCAGCAGCAGCAGACCGCAGUUCAUCAAGUUGUCCAGCCGGCUUAUGGAGGACCUGCACCCGGCUAUUAUAAUGGGAUGCCAAAUACUCCGUCUGCACAGGAACGCUUUUUGCAGGGCGCCUACGCCAGCCCAAUUUAUAACCAGAACCAGAUGUACAACUACUAUGCCGCGCAAGCUCAGGCUCAGGCUCAGGCUCAGUUUAUGCGCACUCCACCAGCUCCGGGAGUCGGGAUCCCUCCGACCAACAUGUUUGGUCCCCGCAACCAAAACUUUGGGUUGCCAAGCAUGUUUCCACCACCGCCCGGUGGACAAGGAGCACCGUACAUUGAUCCGUUGGCUAAUUUCAGUCAACCGCCCCCGAGUCUUCUUCCGCCAGCCCCUCAGCCUGCUCCGGGGCCUGUUCCAGUGCCUACUCCGGUCCCUCUUAAUUUAGGGGAAUCCAAAGGGGCCCCUGGAGGUGGAUUUUUCAACACAUCGUCGGCAGCUUUUGCCCAACAAACCAAACCAUUGACAACUCCUUCGGUUUCUGCACCUGCCCCAGCUGCUCCUGCUGCUCUGGCCUCCUUACCGGCUGCCGCUACUGCCCCUCCAGUUUCUGCAGCUCCUCAAGCCGCUCCAGUCACCGCACCGCCAAUUUUCAAUCGUGCUCUGAACAACCAACCGGUAGAAAAGGAGCCACCAGCCAAUGUGGUUAUCACCAGCUCGGAUCCACUUCCGAAACCGACUGUCACUAGUGUUCAGCCCCCUCUCAGUGUGACCAUUCCCGCCCAGCACAUUAAACCGAGUCUGGUGCAGGCCGCGGCGGAGCCCCCGCAAGUGCAACUACCAGCAGCCACGGGACCAUUCAACUUCAGCUUCGGAACUAGCGCCACAGAGAGCCCCUUUUCGUUCAAGUCUCAGGUAGCCCAGGCAGCCGCCGAGAAGCAGAAGGAGAAGGAACUGGAGGAAGCGGAUCAGAACAAGAGUGCAGCCAGCGAUGCCAACAAAAGUGGAGCAGCAGAUAACUCUUUGGCGGAGGACUACGAUCCUAGGCCUGACUUCCAGCCCAUCAUCCCGCUGCCUGACGAGGUGGAGGUAAAAACUGGCGAGGAGGACGAGGAAGUCAAGUUCAGCCACCGCGCCAAGCUCUUCCGUCAUGUGGACAAGGAGUGGAAGGAGCGGGGCACCGGGCUCAUCAAGAUCCUUUAUAACAGCAGUACUGGCGUGUCGCGCGUCCUAAUGAGACGCGAACAAACCCACAAGAUUUGUGCCAACCAUACGAUUACCGGCGACAUGACUAUAGCCUAUUCCAGUCAGGACAAGGGCAAUAAGACUUUAAUGUGGGCUGCUAACGACUUUGCUGACGAGCAGCUGACCUUGGAAAAGUUCCUGGUGAGAUUCAAGGCGCCAGAAACUGCAGAAGAAUUCAGAGUGGCGUUUACCAAAGUCGCGGAGCAAAGUGCCAAAUCGAAACCAGUGGAGAAGCCCAAAGAGACCUCAGUGGCUCCAGCAGCAGCUUCAGCUUCAGCUUCCUCUUCAGUUAUUUUCAACCAGCCGAAGAGCUUCGUGACUAGUACGCCGGCGUCCAAUCUCUUUAAUAAGCCGCAGGAUCAGGUCAAGCCCAAGCAGAGCGAACCGAAUUCCGCUCCAGAGGUGGCCAAAUCUCUGUUUGGCGGCCUCUCAUCUCUUUCCAAGGCGCCCCCAACAUCCACCCCGUCAACGACAGCCGCCCCCUCUCCGUUUGCCAAUUUCAGUUUCAGUGGGACAACCUCUGGCCUUGGCAUAGGAGGGUCGCCCUUCGGCAAUCUCUCCUUUGGAAGUGUUUCAGCCGUGGGAACCACUGGCAACUCCACCCUCUUCACAACAGCCCUCGUCAAAGAUGACACCCUGCAGCAGCAGCCUCAGCCUCAGCAGCAGCAACUAAAUAAAUCGUCUGCUUCCGACGCCGAGGAUGAAUAUGUUCCCACGGCUCAGUUUGCGCCUGUUAUUCAGCUGCCAGAGCUGGUGGAGGUGGUCACUGGGGAGGAAAACGAGGAAGUCCUCUUCGAGCACCGGGCCAAGCUGCUUCGCUUCGACAAGGAGGCCAACGAGUGGAAAGAACGUGGUCUGGGCAACAUGAAGGUGUUGCGGGAUCGCAGCGAUCCGCACCAGGUGCGCUUGUUGAUGCGUCGCGAGCAGGUCCACAAACUGUGCUGCAAUCAGCGCCUCUUGCCCGACACCAAGUUCUCGUUCGCUCUGAAUCUAAAGGCGGCGGUCACCUGGGCUGGCCAAGACUACUCGGAAGCGGAGUUAACCACCGAGCUGAUGUGCGUUCGCUUCAAGACGCCGGAGCUCUGCCAGCAAUUCCUUGAUGCGAUAAAGGAGGCUCAGGACGGAAUGGGAUCAGCUAAAAAGGAGGAGCCAGCGAAAAAAAGCGAGCCAGAGAAGCCAGUAAAGGGAUUCGGCGAUGCCUUUAAACCAAAGACUGGGAGCUGGUCAUGCGAGUCCUGCUAUACCAGCAACGACAAGGACCAGACGAAAUGUGUGGCCUGCCAGGAGCCUAAGGAUAAGACUGCCCAACCAUCUGGUGGCUUGGAACAAAGUGGUGCCUUGAAUUUGUCAACUAGCACCACUGGUCAGUUCUCCUUCGGAUUUGCUCCUAAUGGCGGAAAAGCUAGCUCAGGAGGAUUCACAUUCGGGUCUAGUACGGCCAGCACCGCCUCGCCAUCCGUCGCUGCAUCGAAAACUGGCUCAGGAGGAUUAACAUUCGGGUCUAGUACGGCCAGCACCGCCUCGCCAUCCGUCGCUGCAUCGAAAACUGGCUCAGGAGGAUUAACAUUCGGGUCUAGUAUGGUCAGCACCGCCUCGCCAUCCGUCACUACUCCGAAGAGUACUGGGACACUCGGUUUCGGAGACGCCUUCAAGCCAAAGGCAGGUAGUUGGACCUGCUCUAGCUGUUACUUGAGUAACUCGGCGGAGGCUUCCAAGUGCAGUGCUUGCGAAACUCCGAAAGAUGGCACGGAGCCUAAAAAGGAGACGCUGGGCUCUGGAAUCAGUCUGCCAGCCACAACCACAUUCUCUUUCGGGUUUUCGCCACAGCCUGCCAGCAAGGAUCAGUCUUCAGCCCCUGAGCAAACUCCGAAGCCGGCCAGCGGUCUGUUGGGAUCAGCAACGUUUAACUUUACGCCGUCAGCUUCGGCUCCUGCUGCUCCUUCUGCCGGUGCAGCACAAGUCGUUGCCCCUGCCGCCUCGAUUGGCUCAACCAACUUUAACUUCUCGAUGCCCAAACCUGCCCAACUGCAGCCAAAGAGCCCCGCUGCAGCAGUUGGCAACGAAGGCGAGGACAACGAGUACCACGAGGAGGAAGAAAACAACGCCUACUUCGCUCCCGUCAUCCCCUUGCCGGAUAAGGUUGAUGUAAAGACAGGAGAGGAGGACGAGGAAGUGCUGUACUCGCAUCGGGCUAAGCUCUACCGCCUUUGGGAAAAUAGCGAGUGGAAGGAACGCGGGCUGGGCGACGUGAAGAUCCUUCGCCAUAAUAAAACCAAGAAGCUCCGAGUGGUGAUGCGUCGCGAACAGGUGUUCAAGAUCUGCUUGAAUCACGUGCUCAACGAGUUCACCCCCACGUAUAAAAUGAAGGAUGAGAGGUCGUGGAUGUUCGCGGCUCAUGAUUUCAGCGAGGGCGAGAGUGUUCUCGAUAGGUUUACUCUCAGAUUCAAAAAUGCGGAGAUCGCCCAGGAGUUCUACGCUGCCAUUACGAAUGCGGUGGCUGGCCCUGACGGCGCCCAAGUCGUGAGUGAAGCCGCCGAACAAAAGGAGUGCUCCGGUUGCCGUGGCUGCGACUCGGAUACCUUCUUGUUCCCCAAAGCAGUGGGUGUGCUUGAAAAUAUUUCCGCCGAGGAGGAUGCAUCUGCCACGCUUCCAAUGUAUCAACCAGCCUUGAAGCUUCCUCCCCCAGGCUUCGUGGCAAACACGACAAGUCCUCUCUUCAAGGCUAGUUCGCUGGGAACACCAAACCCAGCGCCGUUUACUGGGUUUGGCAACUUGUCUGUGUCGGAAGAAAACAAGCCUCCAAACUCCACCUUUCUCUUUGGAAGCGUUGGUAAACCGGCAUCUGCAACUCCACCUUUUGGGGUGAAGCCAUCUAGCUUUGGCUCCGGACCAGAAGGUAAUGUUUUGGGUUCAAUUUUUGGAGGAGGCACCUCGGAUAGCCAAAGUUCGACUUCUGAUUCUACAAAAUCCAUUUUCGGCGGAGUGCAGGAGAAGAGUGACACUUCCAAGUCAAUAUUUGGUGGCGUGCCACAAAAGAGUGGAGAUUCCAAGUCCAUUUUCGGUAACUUGGACCAGCAAAAUUCGUCGGUUGAUUCCUCCAAAUCCAUUUUCGGAGGUGUGCAGCAAAAGAGUGACGAGCCGAAGUUGUUGUUUGGCGGCGUGCAACAAAAGAGUGACGGUUCUCAAUCCAUUUUUGGCGGCUUGCAACAAAAGCUUGAAGGGUCAAAGUCCACUUUUGGAGCCGGGUCCAGUGUAGGCGGUUCUGGUGGCUUUGUUUUUGGCCCCAGUGGAAAAGCCCCAGGGUCUAUUUUUGAACAGAAGACCAACUUGUUCUCAAAUGUUGCCAAGCCGACUGAUGGCGAGAAGCUGAAUGAAGGGGAGAAGAGUAACGAGAGCAAGGAGCAAAAGGAUAAUGAUAAAGAACCGGGAAAGACACCUGCCUUUACUUUUGGAGGAGGAGAUAUGAAGGACAAAAAGACUCCAGGGUUUGCUGAUUUGGCAGCCAAAACUGGAAGCACAUUUGCUGAUCUCGCAGCAAAGUCUGGAGGCACUUUCGCGGAUUUAGCUGCAAAAUCAGGAACUACAUUCGCCGAUAUAUCUGCGAAGAAUCCGGGCGCAGAGGCAGUGGGCUUCAAAAAGGCGGCGGGUGGCGGUUUUUACAACCUGACCCAUCAGAACGCGUUUAAAAAUUUCCAGUCGCCACACAAUGAGUCUGGCAAGGAUGCUGGCGAUGGCGAUGAGGACGGCGACGCCACAAAUGACGACAACUACGAUCCACACUAUGACCCAAUCGUGGAGCUGCCGGACGAAAUAGUGGUCACCACUGGAGAGGAGAACGAGACGAAGCUGUUCGGCGAGCGGGCGAAGCUGUUCCGCUACGAUUCUGAAACGAAGCAGUGGAAGGAGCGUGGUUCUGGUGAGAUUAAGGUCUUGGAGCAUACGGAGCUGAAGAAGUUCCGCUUGCUGAUGCGACAGGAGCAGAUCCACAAGCUGGUCCUCAACAUGAGGAUCUCCUACGAUAUGCGCCUGGACUACAUGAACGAACAGAAGAAGAGCUUCUUGUGGGCAGGCUACAACUAUGCGGUUGAUGCGGAAGGCAAGAUGUCCACCGAAGGCGUGUGUGAGAGACUAGCCGUGCGUUUCCAGAAGCUGGAGGUGGCCGACGAGUUCCUCGCAAAGGUAAACUCGUGCAUUCAACGGGCUACGGUUUUGGCCCAAGAAGCCGGCGAAAUCGUCAACUCUGAUGAGCAGAAGGAAUAAAUUAUAGCGGUUAGGGCGUAAGGAAAACUUAGAAUAUGUGUAGCAUGAUUAUAAUCGAGAUAAGGUUAAACUUCUACUAAGUAUUGGAAAUGUUAAAUAAAAUGCACAGUUUUCAUGUCCAAUCAUGCUAAUAGUAUGUAGUGUAAAAGAAUCGGCGACCUCUGUCAAAAUAUUUUUAUAUUACAUUGAAUUCAUUAAGUAAAAACAAUAUUCAUGUAUAGUUAAAUAUGUUCUUAUGUUUAUAUUUAAGUAUUAUAUAUAAGCUCGAUAAACUUUGAAGUUUUUAAAUAAAAUAAUCAUUUCCUAAAUAUUUAUAUUA